UAGCCUAAUCAGUCGGGGCAUCAACCAAACAUAUAUCAGCUGGCCCUACGAAAUGUGUCAGCUGAACGCGAAUUUAAAUAGAACAUCUCGCAAAACUGACGGUUGUGUUUAAGAUCUACUGGUGGGCCUAGAGGAGGUUCGGUGGACAUCCGGACAUGUUCGACUGGCUCGGAGCCACGUUUAACCUUUUUAACUUCAUUGGCCCUGAGCCCCCUCCACCGUCUAUCACGGAUAUUGGCUUUCAGGCUCUUCAAAAUCAUAUGGACACUCUACUUCUAUUUAUAUACGUUAUUUUGCACGUCGGUACAAGUUAUUUACCAGUAUUUUUAGAGGAUGACACCCUUGAUGUCAUGAUCUUAGAUCUCUUGAAGAAAUGUGCUGAAGGCAAUAUUAUGGACAGCAGUGAACGCACCCUCAGGCUCGCCCUCUGUCACCUGAGUCGGAUAGAACGCUUACUGGAGACUGACUAUUCCCCUGAAGAUUCUUCAGACCCCACCUGUGCCGGGUCUUGCCAUGAGCAGACCACAUCCUGUUGGGGUGGGAAUACCAAAGGUAUGGAGGAUGGAUACCUGAACAACACCGCCACAAAUCAAGACUCAGGUGAACUGAAGAUCUCUUUUUGGACACAGUCACCUUUGGAUCACGUGCCUUGCAGUGAGCCCAUGGCAACAUCUACCACUGGUAACAACACCAACCAAGAGCAAUUGCAGGGACCUCAGACAGUCUUUCUGCCUUGCUGUGAGAGUCGCAUCAAAAACACCAUUGCUCACAAGCGCUGGAGAUGGGCCUUCUUGAUGGUCCAAAUAGUGAGGAUGCUGGCUGCCAGCAUACCUGCAAGGCUUAAACCACCAACGCCAGCUUCUCCUCAAGCCAAGACCAAGACUGUGAAGACAGCCUUCAGGUCCCCUGUUUUCUUUACUCAGAAACUCAGAAACUUCUCAGAGAGCAAGGCCGCAAACUCCAUCCCUUCGCCCAUUCUGAUGUUCUCCCAGGCCAUCAGACCACCCUUUGUUACCGAGAGGGUCUGGCAGAAGCUGGAGGCUCACGUGCGUCGCAAGACCAGCCAGCGUCUUUGGGGCUUUCCUAAUCCGGUCAUCAAGUAUGUGGGAGACCAUGCUCUCCAGUUGCACGCCGGCGAUGGCAGACCUGUGUGGAAUACUGUAAAGCCUUGGAACCCUGAGGCACAAAUCGGCCUGUGCUUAAAGAGGACAGGCGAAGUCUCAGAGAAAUUACAGAACCUGUCAGAGCCCGCCAGGAAGGAGCAAGCUGGUGCGCUGGUGUGUAGCAAACAGCUUGCCGAGCACCCCGAGAUCCUGAGAGCAGCCAGUCCAUCCGUGGCUCUGGAUGGUGUGUUGGAGGAGGUGACGUCACUCAAGAGGAGGCUCGAAAACAAACUCAGGAGGAAAUUCUUGGAGGUGAAACUCUGCACAAUUCCAGGGAAGGUGCUGCAGUCAUACCACACAGCGCCCUACGUCGCUAAAAACCAAAAGGUCCUUCCAGCUUUCACACAGCAGAGGUCUCCCUGCAAACUAAAACGGAGAGACAAAGAAACACUACCAUUCAUGAGUCAGGAAGAUCUGAACCGCAUAGAGCUCAACCUGCAACUGAAGAGAUCCGAACACCAGCAGGGGAAAUCAACAUAUUACACCCUCUCUCUAGAAAAUAUUAGAGGAAUAAACUAGACAAAUAUUGCAAUAACUAAAUAAACAUUUUCAUUGAA